AAAGAAGUCAUAGAGUACCUCAAGCUAUAUCUUAAAAAAGCUAAAGAAGUAGGAGACAAGCAUGGGGAGGGUAAAGCUUAUAACAGUCUUGGCAAUGCUUAUUUCAGUCUGGAUGAUUUCAAAAAAGCCAUAGAGUACCACAACCUACAUCUUAAAAUAGCUAAAGAUAUAGGAGACAAGCAUGGGGAGGGUAUCGCUUAUGGCAAUCUUGGCAAUGCUUAUCGCCGUCUUGGUGAUUUCAAAAAAGCCAUAGAGUACCACAACCUAUAUCUUAAAAUAGCUAAAGAAGUAGGAGACAAGCAUGGGGAGGGUGAUGCUUAUGGCAAUCUUGUCAAUGCUUAUGACAGUCUGGGUGAUUUAAAAAAAGCAAUAGAGUACCACAACCUACAUCUUAAAAUAGCUAAAGAAGUAGGAGACAAGCAUGGGGAGGGUGGUGCUUAUGGCAAUCUGGGAAAAGCUUAUAUUAGUCUGGGUAAUUUCAAAAAAGCCAUAGAGUACCACAACCUACAUCUUAAAAUAGCUAAGGAAGUAGGAGACAAGCAUGGGGAGGGUAGUUCUUAUGGCAAUCUUGGCAUUGCUUAUAACCGUCUGGGUGAUUUCAAAAAAGCCAUAGAGUUAUACAACCUACAUCUUAAAAUAGCUAAAGAUAUAGGAGACAAGCAUGGGGAGGGUGGUGCUUAUGGCAAUCUUGGAAAUGCUUAUUUUAGUCUGGGUGAUUUAAAAAAAGCCAUAGAGUACCACAACCUACAUCUUAAAAUAGCUAAAGAAGUAGGAGACAAGCAUGGGGAGGGUGGUUCUUAUGGCAAUCUUGGCAAUUCUUAUCACCUUCUGGGCGAUUUAAAAAAAGCCAUAGAGUACCACAACCUACAUCUUAAAAAAGCUAAGGAAGUAGGAGACAAGCAUGGGGAGGGUAACGCUUAUGGCAGUCUUGGUAAUGCUUAUCACCGUCUGGGUGAUUUCAAAAAAGCCAUAGAGUACCACAACCUACAUCUUAAAAUAGCUAAAGAAGUAGGAGACAAGCAUGGGGAAGGUGGUGUUUAUGGCAAUCUUGGCAAUGCUUAUGGCCGUCUGGGCGAUUUCAAAAAAGCCAUUGAGUACUACAACCUAGAUCUUAAAAUAGCUAAAGAAGUAGGAGACAAAUCCUUAGAGGCAAUUGCCUACUAUUCAUUAGGAUACGUUUUUGAGUUGCAAGGUGGACUGCCAAAAGCCGUUGAACAUUACCAAGCUAGUAUAAACUUAUUCAAUUCCUUGAGAGUACUUCUUAAAUCUAAAGAUGAGUGGAAAGUUAAUUUUCGAAAUCAGCAUCAAAUGGCGUAUACGGGUUUGUGGAGAGUUCUCGUAGAACAAGGUAAUGUAGAUGAAGCUUUAAUAGUUGCUGAGAAAGGACGAGCUCAAGCUCUGACCGACCUCAUGGAAUCCAGUUUUUGUGAUGGAACAAGUCACCGCAAGGGAGAAGAUGAAGAUUGCGCAGUUUUAAAAAACGUUCCAUCAAACACUGUCUUUCAGGCAGUGGACAAAGCUAACGUCAAUCUUUGGGUUGUGUCCGAAGGAAAACAAGUUCAGUUAAGACAAAGUAAGCUCAAAGGUUUUGUUUCAGAGAAUAGUGGAUCUAGUCAGUCCUUUGAGUCGUUCAUGCUGGGUGUCUAUACACAACUUGGUGUUCGUUCUAAUGUGAGAUGCGAGAAUCGAUCUUUAGAUGCUUUGAGGGAGGGCCGUUCAAAAGUGGAUGAGAAAACCAAAGAAGCCAACCCUCAACCUCACAUCCAACAAGACGGAUGCUUGAGCACUUUGUAUGAUAUUGUUAUGAAGCCAGUGGCUGACUUGAUUGAAGGGGAUGAGCUACUCAUUAUUCCUGAUGGACCACUGUGGAUCGCUCCUUACGCUGCAUUGAAGGAUGGUAAUUCUAAAUACCUGUGUGAAUCGUUCACAAUCCGAGUCGCUCCAUCGUUAGCAAGUCUUAGACUCAUUGCUGAUUGCCCAGAUGAUUAUCACAAAAGCAGUGAUGCGUUACUUGUAGGAGAUCCGUGGGUAUCCGAGGUUACUAACAGCGAGGGAGAGAAAGUCCUGGAGCAGCUUCCGUGUGCUAAAGAAGAAGUAGAAAUGAUCGGAAAAAUUCUGAAUAUCACGCCAAUCACUGGCAGAAAAGCCACGAAACGUGAGGUGUUAAAAAGACUCAGUUCCGUUUCCUUAGUUCACUUUGCGGCACACGGAUGUCCGGAAACUGGCGAAAUUGCUCUUACACCUGGCCUACACCGAAUAUCUACUGUGCCUACGGAGAAGGAGGAUUACAUUUUAACGAUUCGAGAUGUGUUGAAUGUUCAACUUCGCGCCAAACUUGUUGUGCUCAGUUGCUGCCACAGUGGUCGGGGCGAGAUUAAGGCUGAAGGCGUGGUUGGCAUUGCGCGCGCUUUUAUGGGGGCUGGUGCUCGGUCUGUUGUGGUGUCCCUGUGGGCGAUUGAUGACGAGGCUACUCUCCAGUUCAUGAAAUGCUUUUAUCAACACCUUGCAGAAGGUAAACCUACAAGCAAGUCACUGAACCUGGCCAUGAAAAGCCUCAGAGAAUCAGAUGAGUUCCACGACAUCAAAUACUGGGCGCCCUUUGUGCUGAUUGGAGAUGACCUCACGUUUGACCUGAUGGCAAAGGAAAGAGAAAAUUUGAAUAGAAAAUCAAAUAAAUGAGAAAAUGUUUUUUUUCAUCUCAAAAGAAUGACGUAGGAACUUGGAAGGUUUAAAUGCUUCUCUAUUUUAAACAAUUUUUGGCUAUUUUUCUUUACUUUUUAAUUUUUUGUUAGAUGGAACUUGAGAUGUGCAACUUUACUAUGGUGAAGAAAUAAACCAGUCUAUUUCAUUAUAUUUUGAUCAGUGGAAUUGUCAUUUUUUGUUACCUUAACUAAUUUACAUGCUUGCGAAGAGAACGAAAUGCAACAAGGCCUCUGUUAUGAACGAGGUUUCCAUUUCCACCAACAUGUCAAUCAGCUCUGUUCCUGUAUUACAAUCAGUUGUAUGGAAAAUAAUUUAAAGGUUAUUUCUUUUACUCAACCAGGGGCUUUUCCACCGGAUUUUAAUUACCUUUAUGCUCUAAGCUUUUGAUAAGCAAAGAAACAGUUCGUCAUUUGCAAAAGUUGGCGAAUUUUUAUUUCCAUAACUUUGAUUGAAUAUGUAUGUGAAUUGAAUACGUCAAUUGAUCUUAGACCGUUUUCUACAGCAUAAAUUACUUUGUUACAAUUUUCCUUCAUCUUUACAAAAAAAUUGAUGACCAUUUUCAACUUCAUCCAUUUUAAUGCUAUCUAAUUCUGUCAGUGCCAAGAUUGCCAUUCUAAGCUUAAUUUGAAGAAGUAAACAACAGAGAUGAUGUUAUUAAAUUUACUAACCAUAUGUUAGAGACAUUACACCUACUUUUAGGGGUGUAGCCAGCCUCUAGUCCCGUAGGCCCGGCCUACAAUUGUUUUCUCCCCGCUUGACUUUUACUAAAAGAUAAUAUGACCCUUGCAAAUGUUGAAACAAAAAUUGAAAUUUGUGAGGGAAGAGGCUUACAUUUAGUUAAAAAGCUGGCUACAACCCUGUUUUCAAUCAAACGAGUCUGGCCAAUUUUUGUCCGUUUUACCAAACACUUCUCCGUUCGUUUUAAAGAACGACGACAGAGAGGCUAAAAAUUGUCCAUGUAAUCUAAACUAGGAAAGAGGGACGCAGAGUUCGCUAUAAUUAAAGUUUCCAUAGGUGUGACUUUUAUUGUAUGUGACAUGGAAUUUGUUGUUUCUAGUACGACAAUAUUUACGCUCAUAAAUGAGAGAAGCAGUUAACGUAAGCCAUGUAGUCCUCAAUGGGAAUUAUCUUAGUGAAAAGGCUCAUUAAUUAAUGUAAACCUAGUGCGUAGUUGAAAAGGUUCAGGGCUUCAGGAUAAAACUUCUAAUUGUUGAAAAUCACCUCUUGAAAUUUUUUCAUCGCUUUAAAUUUACCUCAGCAUGAUUUGAGGAUGUCUGAUAAUAUGCGUGGUUGAAUAUAAUGUAACUAGGAUUUUAAAGACAUGCUGGGACAGUUUCAACUAAACAUGGUUUGUAUAAUGUCAGUGGAUUUCGUGUCAAGUGUUUUGAUGCUAUUUUAAGUUGAAGAUAAUUGUUCAUUUACCUUAGUUUAUAUUAAUUAACUCAUGAACUCCCAAGUUCUGAAGAAAAAUUCUCCCACCUGAUAAGAAUGUGUUUCUCUUUGCUGCCGCUUGUUCCGAGAAUUCGAUGUAACAUUAUGUUUCUAGGAAAAGAUUAUCCUCCAGUUUGGAUUUUCUCGAAUUGUUAUUGACUCCAUGUUUGUCGGUGUAUUAAUACCGUGAGGAGAAUUUAAAUUAUGAUCAGUCUUGGGAGUAAAUGGGUUCAUUUUAGCGUCUCCGUUUAGCGCGUAUUUUACUUAAUGCCUUGAACGAUUUAAUGCAGUAUUAUUGUACUUAUUUUUUUACUUCUUUUUGUAAGAGAAAUAUACAGUGUAUAAAAUACAAAAACUGCGUUGAUUUACAUUGUCUGUCUCCAUAUUCUUAGGAUGCACGUAAGAUGUAGAGAAAGCAGAUCCUAUGGGGACUUCAAUACUUGUUUUGACCCGCGCACCAAGUUGAUAAUGUGUGCAGCUAACAGUGUACUAACAUACCAUGUUUCAAGCCCCCGCCCACUUAACAAGCGCGUCAUCUCUUCGAUUGUAUCUCUUUCACUGUCUAUCGUUCUCCGUAUUGCCAACGGUUUUGAACGCCGAAGGAUGUGUUCUUACUGUUACAUAUCUGUGCCUUUUUUAUCUUUUUGCUCACACAAGUUUUUACACCUUUUCACAUUUGCGCAUCCCUUUAUUUUUCUCCUUCCUUCUGUUCCUUCCAUUUCUUUUUCGUCGCAAUUUUCCUUUAUUCCCAUCUUUACGCGCACCUCUUUUAUCGCCCUCAACUUUGUUCUUCUGCGCGCUUCAUAGGACGCGACUAUAUCCUUGUCUCUUUCAGUUUUCACUCGUCUCAAUCUUCGCGCAACGUCUGACUUCUUACAUCUCAUAUACCUCGUUACUCCCCCAUAGUAGUUGUGAUCAUGCGUAUUAUGUCCACUUUGGGAUGGUGUCCUCUUAAAGUCAUUUCUAGUGAAAUCUCGGUUUUCCUUUCGAUUGAUUCCUAGUCCACAGGGUGCCAGUGCUUGCUCUCCUCAGUCCUCUCAUCAUAAUAGCAGUUAUAAAACGGAAGAGCUCCCUCCAAGUCUCGGCGACAUAAUCUGUGCAUUUUGUUGGAAACAAGUCCCUCAAUGUCCAAAUUAAGGCUUCUUCUAUCAUCUGAUUGGGAAUGGGUCAAACUCUCGCCCAGGGUCCACCUACAAUGCGAAUCCAAAAUGGCGGCAGGCCAAUCCACAGGCGGACUCUACUGAGUCGGUAGCCGCCAUCUCGGAUGUAGACGCAGAGAAGACCCUGAGGAAGAGUUUUGACAAAACAAUAAUUAAGAAAGGAUAAGUUACAAUAGUGCUUAGAGAGAUAGCCGAUAACAACUUGAGAGAUUCAUUGUAAGCGACCACGUUCCGUCGAUUAUUAAACUCCAUAUCUCCUCGAAUACGCACUCCUAUAUGCCCCUCUUCCCCUUCCCUAUACAUCCCUGUACUGCAAGUUUUAUCAUCAUUCAGCACAAUACAACAUUAUACCCCUGAGAAGCACUGUAAAUCCGUAAAAUGCAGUAACUAGAAAACGCUUCACAACAAUAUGUACCCGUAGAUAGCACUAUGCUUCCCUCUACUGAAUUUUAAAUCACCAUAGAGCGCUAUAUAAACAUUUGCUCCAAUUUGGCGCCAAAAUAAGUGCAAAUAUUUGUCCGCGGUCAAUUUCUCGAAUUUUCUGUUCCAAGAUGCGGAAACUGUGAGCUUCGAGGAACAGAUAAUAUCCAAGGACAAAUAUCCGUACACAUUUUCGCGCAAAAGAGACGCUAUUGCGUUUUUUAUCCUUCAAAUAUUUUGCAACGCACGUGAAAAAUGUUAAUGAACAGCUUACUGAAUUGAACACUCGAUGAAAACCUCUGCGUCGUUUAAAGAAAACACAGCAUUUUCCAGCGCAGUCAUGACUCGUCUGACGUGAAGAUACAGAGAUCGAGAGUUGAUUACGGCCUCAAGUUUCAAACUCGUAAAGGUGGGAAAUAUGUCUUGAAUUCUUGGGUUGGACUCAAAAAGUCUCAAACAAAAUCAUUCAUGAUCAUCGUUAUCAAUUCUGAAUAAUUGAAAUUCGAUUCACGUUUACUUUGGAUAAUAAAUUUUACCCCCAUUUUGCCAGUUAUACAAAGAAAUCAAGACACUAAGCAAUACCCACAACAAGACACAGCUACAGUGUUGUGAAUCUCCAUCCUCAUCUUCAAUAGAACUAUGCUAUCACGAAGGUAGUGCGCGUGCGUUUGCAUUUUAAAAUCACUUUAGCACAAAAUAAUGACCCGAUUGACGAGAAUACAGGCUAAACACCCAAAAGCGCUGGUGCUUUUUGCGUUUUGGCGUUUUCUCGCUAGAAAGCCCGAGAAAAAGUUUUCACUGUCUAUUAAAUUAUUGAUUGUUUUCAUUUCUCGGGUUCUUCUUUAAAACCGGAACUCGGUUCUUAGCGACUUGUUCAACUACUGCUCUUAUUUAAGAGUGCUUAUUUAACUCAGAUCGAGAUGCCACUAUAUUUUUCGACUAUAUCAACUCUAGGCACCCUAACAUCAAGUUCACUGUGGAAAAGCAGUUUAAUCACAAAUUACCCUUUUUAGAUGUCCUGAUUGACAACCAUGACCCCAGUUCCUCUCUAACUAGGAUUUACCGCAAGAAAACUUUCACUGGGUUACUAACUAAUUAUUUCAGCUUCACCUCGUACUCUUACAAAGUGGGUCUCAUUAAGACACUCGUUGAUAGGGCUUACAAGAUUAAUAGCACCUGGUUAGGGUUUCACGACGACAUUAACAAACUCACUGAUAUUCUAAAAAAGAAUCUUUUCCCUGCUCAUUUAAUUAAUCGAGAAGAUUAUAAACCGUUUCAUUACUGGGACGAAAAACAAUCAUCAUCCUCGGGGUUCCCCUCCUACCACUUCACCUACGUUCUACUUUAAGCUACCCUACAUAGGCCACUUUUCUGCUAUCACUCAAUAAAAGAUCCGCCAUUUAUGAAGCGCUAUUGCAAUGACUUGGAUAUCAAACUGGUUUUCUCUUCCUUCAAAAUCGGUAACUUGUUUGGUGUGAAAGACCCUGUCCCUGACCGGCUCCGUUCACGAGUGGUCUAUAAGUAUGUGCUGGUGUAAUGCCUGUUACGUCGGUGAAACUUGCCGGAAUUUUUCCACACGUGUUAGAGAGCACUUAGUAAGUGACAAGGCCUCUCACAUUUUCAGGCAUUUGAAAGAUUCUCCGCACUGUCGCGCUCUGUGUUCAGCAGAUAACUUCCAUGUUUUAGAUCACGCCUCCACCGGUUUUCAGCUUAAGAUAAAAGAGGCUAUUCAUAUUCAAAGAGAACAACCAUCUUUGAAUCAACAAUUACACCAUGUAAAUCUAAAACUAUCUUUUUAAUUCUCACACUUGCAUGCUUUACCUCUCUUCUUGUUGUCACUAUUCAUCUUAAUUAGCAUUGUUCUACUUACUAUAUAAUUCAACUUUCAACGCUUUGUACAGUAAUUAACUGAAGAUGACAGAAGUUUCUGUCGAAACAUGUUUUACAAACUCAAAAGUUUUUCGCUUUCUUUAAAUUCUUGACUUGCCUGCUAAUGUCAAGACCCUUUAAAACACUUACCGUUUAAACACUUUCUUUCCUAUGACGCUCCUAAUGCGCUCAAUGAGCUGCCAAAAUUCUCUUAGAAUGCAUUUUUGUUCGCGUGACAGCGGAAUGUCUCUGAUUCUUGAAGUCGAUGUUGCCGCAGUAACUGAGACUUCUAUUUCGAUUCUGUUAUUUCGCGAGGCAAAACAACCCAUGGCAUUUACAGUUUAAGAAAGCUGUCAUACGCUGUGAUGAUGGGUGGUGUAUAAAAACUCUGACGUUAUCUGUGCAAAACGUUUGUCUUUAUAUCGACCAACAUCUUGACUUGUUGUUCACACUAACUGAAAAGGGAAAAAUUCCGAAUUUCUGCUUGAAAAAACCGCCGUUUGGUCGACGGACGAGGUUGCGUUCACAAUCUAUCUCUGGGGACGCAGAGAGUUUGAAUUCACAUUUCCUCGUCUGGUCAAAAUGCACAUGGCAUAGUAUUCGUGUUUUCGUGUUUCAAGCGAAAUUGUUAGUUAAUUCUUUUGUUUCCAAUUAACAUAUAAACGGGUUUAAACCCUGAUGAUCCAAUUCUAUUUUAUUUUUAAUACUGAGACUGCGUGCUCUCUUUGUUACGUACUUGUUCAAACGCAUCUAAUUCAGUGUUUAAAAUAAUAAGAGGUGAGGUUGAUUCAAAGGAUUGCUCCUAAUCUAACCUGAACUGAUUAACAAGGAUCUUUACAUUCAAUAUUUCAUUUAAUUAUAUCAUAAAUCAGUGAAAAAUAUCUAUAUUUUCGCCGUAAACAGAAAUGAAAAGAUGUAUAUCGACAGUUUCGCUGUUUUCAGUGACUCAGACAACGACUAAACUGACAAGUUGUUCAAUCAAUUGAUUUAUGCAUACAGUAUUUCAUUUUCGUCAAACGCUUAAACGUUAAUUCAUAUGAUCAAAUUCCGUUCAAACAAGGUACAGAAAUCAACAAGGAAACUGUUUUGCAUGGAACAUUAACUCGAAAGACUGGAAAAGAAAGGGAAUCUAGCUUCAAAAAGGGUCUAAAUAUCUCGAAGUUUUCCUCUUAAAAAAUGACAAUUCGAAAAUACAGCUAACUAAUGAUUAACACGGAUUCUCUUAGCUGCGGAGUAUCACUGUGUUAUUUCCUUCCCAAGAAGCUGAGGCGUAAUAAGGUUUGUCAAGAGAUAAUUCGCAGGAGAGCGAAUGGAAGGUAUGCUAAAAAAUUAUAUCAGUAUCAGGGUAAACUGUAUUGAUCAUACACGAUUGUCUGGUGAUCAAAGAAACCAAUCACAAGUGCCACAUACGUAAAAGAUGGUUUAGCUUACGGCGAAGGCACUUAAAGAGCGUGUUACUGUAUUUACCAUAACAGUUGUAAUCUUUUAAGUUCUCAAAAAUAAGAAUGAGGGUAAAAAAAACUACCGUAUAUUCGGUUAAAAGUGAUGGAGUCUUUCGACCGCUUAGGGGUGCAGCUGAUAUCAAUGGGAAACUCUUUGUAAUAUUUUUCUUAUAUUUGUUUCAUUAUAAGGUCAACUUAAUUUUAUCUUAUCCUAGUCAGGUGGUGUUGACAUUGCCAUGACAACUUGUAUUGAGAUACACCGGCCACUGUUACAGGAAUCAGCCGAUUGCUACUAGCACUUUUUUCCAGACGGACAAAGACAAAGAAAUCCGUAUCAUGUAAAACUCUCAGCAUUGGCUUUCAGUUUGUUGUUGCUAUGGCAGCUAGUUGGAGCAUUUUUGUACAUGGUUCGUGAUGUUGCUUGCUUCCGGGACAAAUCCACUGCAUAUCAGUGCAAAACAGAUGCGGCUUUCCCUUUUCAGAGGAUGUCACGAUGGUGUGGCUGGCUUAGCUAUGUAUUUUUCACCGCUAUCUCUAUAGCUGCCCUUCAGAAUGUUCCGCAGUUCCCCGGUUACAAGGCAAUCUUACAUCGGCUCAAAUGCGUUCCUUCAUUUUGGACUUUAAUAAUCCUUUUGACCGUCGCCUUGUUUCGAUAUGUUAAGCUACUAAUUUCUAUCAAAUCUUUGUCAUCUUGGGUCGUAAUUGUUUGCUUGAUGAUAAGUUACAUUCUGAGAACUUUGGUCGUGGGAUUUUUAAAUUACACCAGGUUAAACUCCCUAAAGCAGAAAUAUCCCAUUUACAUUUUUGUUAUAUCUAAACUGACAGUGUUCUUGUUUUUCAUUGUUACCUUUAUCAAUCUCAUGGCUACCCUUUUGGCCCUGAGUGUGGAAAUCCGCGAGAUGCAUAAAACAGAUCGAGCUAAGAACUCGCUCGAUUUGAAUUUGGAUACCGUAAACGAACUGUUGGAGGUCUUUGGUACAACCACUUUUAGAAUUAAGUUAAUGAAAUUCUUUUGGGAAAAGUUUUUCGUCGACGACAGGAACAUUCUUUGUUUCCAUAUACCUUUGGAGUGAGAAAGACAGCGAAAAUCGAGAGAGUUUCAUUCUCGUCCUCAGAGCCACUCGUUUUCGCUUACUCUGAUCACUUGACAAGCUCACUGAAAUGAUUGCGCUCACUUAGAGCGCAAAAAGUUUUUCCUUUUUUUUUUUUUACAAUACCUGCUUCUUGUUGCUACGCCUAACCUCUUAUGUAGAUUAGUUUUUCAGCGAUUUUUUUUUCUAGUUAAAUGUUCUAAAUUUGUAUAAUUUAUUACCUUGUUUGAAUUGUUAAUGUUGGAACAGUGUGACACAUGAAAGACGCAGUGUGUAUUUUGAACCACAAAGCCAUAAUUUCGUCAUACUAUACAGCAGAAGCUCUCCACUUCCGGUUUUCCGUGUCAUGUACUUCAAGCUUGAGCCUCGGUUUUUCCCGUGAAAAAAAAAACUCCUAAUAUUAGGCAGCAACGCUGUUGGCAAGUUUGUAGUUUGGGUAGUUGUCUUGAGAUUUCGCGUUCGAUAAUGCUUCUGUUAAUUUUAUUUGGACCUUACUAAUCUUAAUGAGUUCCUUUGAGAUAUUCCCAAAACGGACUGGGGUGGCAAGGUUGUAAAAAAAGGUUAUAGAACAGUCAAAAGUCGCGUCCGUUUACCCGACAGGGUGAGACUUCACCAGGUUGUGUAGGAUCUUUAUACAUCGGGUAAAUGCCUUUAUUUUGAGCUUAAAUGAACUCUUUUGACGGAUUUUCUAUGAUUUCUGGUGUUGUGAAAGUCUGCUACAACUACCGAUGAUUGCUAACUUAAAUUUGAAUACUUCGUUGCAGAGAACUGCCGCUCCGCGUUAGUUUAAAACUUACCUUAAAAUGCUAAGGAAUUGACAAAAAUAUCUUAGAAAAGUAACAGUAUUUACGUAAAAAAAACCAAUAAAAUAAUAGAAACCAGGAUUCAAUAAAGGAUGCAGAAGUAGCCAUUCAGUCAAAUCUAACUUUCCUCAAGGCAAUUAUGAGAAGUUGGGUAUGUUAGCUGUGCUACAACAAAAAAGGGAAUUCAUCACUCCAAAGUAGAUGAUGUUAAAUCUUGUCUCAAUUGACUUUAAUUCAGAGGUUGAGACCACCCUAAUGUACAUUUGAAUCCAGCGCUUGACUGCUGUGCCAUGACUUUCCAUUAUGAUCAGAAUAUUAUUUUGAGUUGGAUGAAGAACUCAAUGCUGAAUGCAAAGAAAAAUUUCAGCAGGAGUAUUGUAGUUUCCUUUUGCUCAAUGAGUGAGGUAGUGGUGUCAGAUAUGUUUAGUCACUAUCUCGCUGUUUUGAAAAGAAGUAAGGACUUAACUUAACUCAAAACUGUAAGAGGACUUUCCUCAUUCGUCAAGUAUAAUUCAACUUCAAGUGCCAUAAUACAUGUAAUAAUAAUGUAACUAAAGAGACAGCAUGAGUAAAUCUUAUUCUUGGUGAACUUCAAACCUUAGUUUGAGUCACUUCCUAGGAAUCAAUUAUCAACUGAUUGAGUAAAUCAAAUAUGUGAACUCAAACUAAAGGGAAAGUAGCAUUAGAAUCAAAUAAAAUUUUAAACUUUGUAUAUAACCUUAUCCUAGAAAGAUUAACCAAAAACAUUUACCAUUAUAAAAAUUUAAAAAUGGGUUCCAUUUUUCCUUUUACGCAUUGAGUAGGAUAAAAACGGGGGAUCUGGCGCAUUUUUAUAUCCACCUUGAUUUUUAAGGCAACUCAUGAAUUUAUCCUUGAAAUCAACCUUGAUUUUAAAAAAAACAGUUCUUGCACAUUUUGGAGACAACCUUGACUUCAAAGGCAACUUAGAUUAUUCACCCGUGAAUAGCAUUCACUCCUUCUUCAGAAUGUCUUACUCGUGAGUUGUGAAGAGGCUGUGAAUGACAUCAUCUUGAACGAUCCUCUUGUCACGCCUUCGGGGUGUUAAUUGUUCGCUUGAAGAUUUUCAAAUAUUGAUGUUGUAACUUAGAGAUCGUGGCGUGCCUUUAUUUGUUCUUCUGUCGAAAUUGUGUCUUUGUAAAUGAGAAGUUAUCUCAAGAAGACUCCAUGACCUAUCAGAAUCUCAUGAUCCAAUGGAAUCCUACAUUUGUUCUGAUAGACAUCAAUAAACUUAUUCUCCUUUACAUCUCCUGAUUUCUUCUUAUCCUCAGCAUUGCAUCUGAUCUUCGAAAGAUCAUCAGACUGAAUAUCUUCUCUGAACAUGCUCGUCCUCUCAUUCUCGGUUAAGAAGAGGUCUUCACAGAGCUUGAAUAAAUCCUAACCAUCAGUGUCCUGCGCGAUUUCUCCUGCGAAUUUCACAGUCAACCUGUCAACAAGAGCUCUUGCGACAUUGUUCACGAUAGACAUUGUUUGCGUGACCACUAACUGCCGAGUCAAAGAUGAGUGAAAGAGAUCCUGAUACAAGGACAACUCCUUCACUAAGAAUUUAGUUAGAAUUUACUUUUUUGAACGAGUGCGUGACUCUAUAUCGGCAGAGAGCGAGACCGCGUGAGAACUCGCAGGAAUGGAGGUGCUUCGUGACAAAAGUCACGCACUUCCGGUUUUAAGCUUGCACAGAGUUAUGGACUAGGGGACUCCCCCUUUCGUUUUUACAACGCGCAAUUACGAUUCUUCGUUCUAUAACGAAGCUGUCGACUCUCUCUUGGUACUUUCUCAGUCUUAGUGACUUUUUUUUAAAAACACCUCCAUGAUGGAUUGAGGAAGCAAGGUCGUAAAAGCAGUCAAACGUGCCUUCCAUUUCCUCGACAGAGUUAAGAACGCAUGGUUGUAUCAGAUUUUUGAAUGUAAGGUAAAUACUUUUAUUUCGCAUUUCUCAGUUAACAUUUUCUCCCUCAAAUGCUCUUAAUCUGUCCUAAUUUUCUCUGAUCUCCGGCAGUGAAAGACGUUCGUGCAGUUAACUAACGAGGAUUGCUAACUUUUACUUGAUUCUGGGGUGUAUCAAUUGUAUUACCGCUUCGUGUUAUUUAAGAGCUAAUUAAGCUGAGCUUGUUUGAACAAGUUACAGCUGUCGAAUUCACAAAAAUUCGCAGGCGAUACCCAGCAUUUACCUUGGAUAAAAUAAGUAAUUCAGGGAGAAUUAAAAGGAAUGUUAAAGUCAUUGAUUUGAUUUUGUGCAGGCGCUGAUGAUCGGAACACUUUCAGUUUCGUCUGCGUGUCUUGCACACAAGCGCGAUCGUGUUUUGCACUAGCUUUCGUGUCAGGCUUACAUAAGUAUUAAUUUAAUGUGCUCCCGUAUUUACGAUGCAUUUCAUCAAAACAUAUAAACAUUUCCAGCGUAUUUCACGUGUUCAUGUUUAUUAUUUUAUACAGUUUAAAAGUAAUUUUUUUUUUGAUGCUUAGAUUCUCCCUUAUAACUGUACUGUUAAACUGAUUUACUUGUUAAAUACAUGAUGACUUUUCUUCAAAUGUCACCUGGUGAUUAAUUGGAAGCGUCCUUUCAACUAACUGCCUUUGAUUUUUAGGAUUCCAAUUCAUCAACUGGUAAUGAUAGAUUGGUAUCUGAGUAAAGUUUACCUUUAAAUGGGUAGCAGAAAUUAGCCAGGUAAGCCUGAUGCCAGGGGGAAAGGGGAUGGACUGGCAUCCCAUCCAAGGGGUGUAGUUGCUCCCACUCACUUCGUGUGAGGAAACCGGUAUUAUAAGCUCAGGGCCUGGAUGGGCCACUACUCAAAUACAGACUUUACCCGACUACCUCAGCCUCUUAAAUAAUUUGAAUUGCUGUUGCAACAAAUUAUAUGAACUUGCAACACUUGCCCAAUUUAUUUCAGUCAAUUGAAAAUGUAUUUUAUAAAUAUUGAAUCAUAUUUUAGUACAUAUCUUUGUUCUUUUGCUGCUUUAAUAGUAUGACAUUAAUUGCUUGUGAUUUUGUGUCUAUGUAUCCCUCCCAUUCUCAGAAGGGAAAAAAUAUUUAUUUUAUUCUUUCAGCCCAGGAUAACUUAAGCAGCACCUUUGUAAGAAGCAUCAGUCUUCUUACAGUUGCUAUGGCUACAGAAAGAAGUCCAAUUAAAGUUCCAUGUGAAAAUGAAUCUCUCAUGAAUUUACUGAGAGGGGUCUUUCCUGUGAAGGGGGAGGGGGGGGGGGACUGCACACAUUAUCUAAGCUUUUAAGGGGACAGGUUAAGUUAGGCAGAUGCAAAAGUGGCAUCUGGCACUAAAGGAAAAAUCUGCAGAUUUUGAAUCUCCAGAUCUUGGCAGCUCUGCUUAUAUACACUAAUAAUUAUUAACUACAACCACAGACUUUUUAAAAAUUUUUUCUUUGCAGCCACAGCUGAUGUUUAUAGAAAUAAAGGUAAUGAGGCCUUCAAGAAAGGAGAUUUCAUCAAUGCUAUUCAUUUUUACACCAAAGGAAUUAAAAUGAACUGCACUGAGAAAGAACUGAAGGCCAAACUGUACAACAACAGGGCUAUUUCACAUUUUAAACUUGGUAAGAUGAUGAGAGCUUUAAUAUGCAUUUUUUUCUCUUUUGAAGCUAUUGGUCUGUUAAUAGUAGUUUUCUGAAAAAGGUGAUAAUUUUGAAUGAAGGCCUUGUCUUGGCCUCUUAAUCAUACAAAGAAGUAACCUCUUACCCCAGAUAUCAAUGAGCAUCACAAGUUUUUCCUAAAAUUGUUGUAAUGGUGGUUGGUUAAAAUGCUACAUGUAUGGCUAAUCAGAGAUAUUUAUUUCAAUAACAGGAAAUCACCAGUAUAUUCACUAAGGGAUGCAGAAGCAGCCAUUGAAUUAACUCCUGACCAACUUUCCUUGAGGCAAUUAUGAGAGGUUAGAUAUGAUAGCUGUGCUAUAAUAAUAAUAAUAAUAAUAAUAAUAAUAAUAAUAAUAAUAAUAAUAAUAAAAGAACUCAACACUCUAAGGUCAAAUGAAUUUCAAUCUUCUCUCAAUUGACUUUAAUUAAGAAGUUGAGACCAACUUGAUGUACAUUUGAAUCCAGCUCUUGACUGCUACGCCAUUACUUUCCAUUAAUUAUGAUGAGAAUAUUAUUUUGAACUGGAUGAAUUAAGAGCUCAAAGCGGAAUGCAAAGCAAAAUUUCAGCAUGAGUAUUUUAGUUCCCUAAGCUUGAUGAGCAAGGUCAAGUGGUGUCAGAUAUGGUUAGUCACUAUCUAGCUGUUUUAAAAAGAAGGAUCAGGACUUACCUUCACUCCAAUCUGUAAGAAAACUUUCCUCAUUCAUCAGGUAUAUCAGGAAGUCACUGGGCUUAUGGAGUAGAGCCACCUUACUUACAACAGUAUUUAAAAAAUAAUAAGUGCUGUGAAUGUGCAACUUUGCCAAUACAGUGUUUAUUUAAGUAAAAACUCUUGCAUUUUUGUCUUAAAGCUAAAAGGAUUUGACAAACUAGUGAAUGAAACAGCUCUGUGAUCACUGCAUAAGGAUCAAGGGUGGUAAAUCUUGUCUUUAUCUUGGAGACAAACAAAAUAAAACACAAUGGAUAUCAGAGGCUAAUGACACCAAAACGCCUUAUUUUGCAGAUCUUCUUCUUAAACUUUGUCCACCAUUUUGGAUUUCCCUGGUGCAUAUUUGAUUUGAAAACACUGCUGGUUUUAUUCGACUGUGACUGCAGAAGGUGUUUCAUGUGUUCUUGUGUGCGACAUACAGGGAAUAACACGGGAAAUACUUGGGGUCAGUGGGAACUAAUUCCACCAAUAGUUUUAUACCAGAAGCAUGGUUCAUGGUUGCUGCAAGUUCUGGGAAAAGUCAGGGAUAUAAAAAUUUCCUCAAUGUCAGAGAAUAUACAUCUUUGAAAGAAGUCUGGCAAAAUUUGAAGUAAUUAUCUUGCAUUUUAAUUGGACCCUUCAUGAUUAUGUUAUGUUUACAAAAAUUGAGAGAUAUAUAAUUAUGCCCAACUUCUUAUGAAAGUUCUUAUCCAUAACUCUGGCUGUAAGCACGUUUAACAGUCUGCUUUGGUGAUAAUUACCUGUUUUUUUUACAAAUAAUAAGUAAAUAUAUAUAUUUCAGUUUACAAAAAUGAAAAAAAUAUGCCCAGCUUGUUACAAUGAUUAGCUAUGUAACAGUCUGCAUGAUUCACAGUCAUUGGUUGCUGUCAUAUUCAGUACUAAAUAAAAUAUGAAUACUACAGAGAGAGCUGUUGUUAUGCUUCUCUUCAUAAGGAGAUCCUCAAGGAUCUCUGCAAAGAAAAAGCAUGCAAUGUUCUUUGCGGCCAGUUUUCGAUGUAACACUAGGAGACACAACUGAUCUUAAUGGUGGUAACAUUAUGCACUCCUCCAUGUUAAAAGGACUAAAACUUAGUCAUGACUUAUUCUCUUGAAGAUACUAUUAAAUUUGAAAACCCUAAGAAAGCCCCUACAAUUUGAAAAUCCUCAAAGAUCCCCUACCAUGUAUCUUCAGUGCUCUUGCUUUCAGUGCUUCCUAAUGAUCACAACAGAGACACAGCUGGAAGAAAUUGGGUAAAACUGAUGUGAUCUUGUUACUGUAGGCCAAACAAGGACUCUGAGAAACCUCUAAUCUCUAAAGUACUUCAUAUGUCAAUCACUGUGCAACAGCUUGACAACUGAUCUGCCAUGGGCGGCAUGCAACAUUGGUAUGCAGAAUGAAAAGACAAUAAGAAACCCCCAUCCCUAACAUGGUGUAUUGAAGUAUAGAAAAAUAUGAAACAAUUUCCCCCCUAACCCCAACAUGGUAUCUGUAGAAACUAGCAUGCUUUAGGUAUUCCAGACACGAUUCUAUGUAUAAUACAGUAUUGUGUCCGGAAUACCUAAAACAAAACAAAAGGGAAAUCAACUGAAAAACACUCAUAAUUUAACACAUUAAAUGCUAAUAAUAUAACAAUAUUAAGCUUUUCAAGGAUUUUUGAAUCUAAAAAUAGUUUUCACUUCUUCUUCACUUUAACUUUCAAUUACACUUGUCAUAAUUUGUACCCACUAAUUAAAUGUCAUGGAAUGUAAUGCAAUCCAGUACAUCACAACAUCAAAGUUAUUACCUUCAUUGCUAUGCCAUUCCAAUAUUUGAAAAUGCUAAACAAAUGCAUUCAUAUUCUUUUCUAGCACAUACAGUGUACUUCAUACAGCUUUUAAUGAAGUACUUACUGUGGAACAAAACAAGUUCACCAACAUCAUUUACCAUAGAAAUCUUUCACUUCACAUUGUUCCUAGAAAAAGAUGAACACUGUCAGCAAAUGACAUGCACUAUGGUAAAACUUAAUAACUUCCCAUUUUUGACAGAUGUUUUUCAAUGAAAAUUUCUUUUUAAUUGAUCUUGCUGUUACUUGAAAACACAAACUUCAAUUGUCUAAUACCAAAAAUAUUUUCACAUUCAUAAAAUCUUAGCAUACACUCUAUGGAAAUUUGAGCCUGUCAGCCAUUCACAUGCAUAACAUGAAUUUAUUACAACGUGUUCAAUCUCAUUUAACCCUUCUAUAGGCAGUUCACAGUCAUGCUUUAUCUUUCAGUUCUAAUAGACUCCUUCUUUUGCUCUUACAAAGGACUACAACACUUGAAGCAUCAGCUUUAGAAUUUCUUUACAGUGGCUAAUUUACAUUAUCAACUCAGUUAAUGAAGCCAGAUAAUCUCUUUCUAACAGUCUCUGCUUUUUUUCUGAUUGCAUUUUUUAACGUAAAUGGCUUUAAGUUUUAUGAACUCAAACCAAGUGCAGUAAAAUCACUUUUAUUAAAUCCACUUGGUUUUAAUUUUACAAGAAUAUCACAAAUCAAGCAGUAUCAUGUUUUUCAGUUAUAAAAUAAACUAUUUGUUUCUAACUUACACUCACAGGAUGAAUGGUUUGGCAAGCUUGAAAACAGCUUUCAGGGUGAAUUUAUAGCCUUUAAAAUGAUGCAAAAGUUCAUUCCUUCAAAGAACCUGCAGAAAAAAAGCAAUGAAUGAGACAUUACAGUUUAAUUUAUAUCAUUUAUUUACUAAAAUCUGUCAGAUAAAACCAUAUUCUGUACUCUACCAGCAAAAUAAUUGUAAUACAUCCACUGAUAUAAAAAGUUAUCAGCAUCAUAAGGUGCUUUUUACCAGUACCAGUAUAAUUCACCAAAUUUAUCAUUUGACUUCUGACUUUGUUGAUUUGGUUGCUAAUAUUUGAAGUAGGUAUAUGUUUCCAUCAGUACAAACUUCUCUUACCUAUUUUUUAAUAGUUUGUAAAAUUUCUUUGCCAAUUGAAUUGAACAAAGGUUUGCAUCAUCAUCCUCUCCAUGGAUAACUGUGAAUUUGUCAGUGACAAGAUUUUUCUUGAUGUACUCUUCUACAUUUCUGAACUUCAGAGAUCAAACAAAGAUGAUUAACCCACAUUGUAGUUAUAAUGAAUAAAGCUUCACACCAUCUUCCUUUCCAUGGAUAAAAACUGUGAAGUUGUUUGUGACAAGAUUUUUCCUGAUGUACUCACUGACUUCUACAUUUCUGAAUUCAGAGAUCAAACAAACAUGAUUAACCCACAUUAAAGUUAAUGAUUGGUAAUACAAGAUGUAAAAUCUUGGAUUACAGGAAACAAAAAAUUUACCUCAAUUUCAAUGCAUUUUGCACAACAGGGAAUAACUGAAUUGUAUAUAACCAUCAUGUGAGUAUCUACACUGCACUUUCAACUGGAUCCCAAAUAUCCUGAGCAGAGUGUGCAUCUAAUUACCACCUUAAAAAGUUUUCUUUUGGAUAACAUAGUCAUUAACAUAGUUUAGUCAUUAACAUAGAAUUAAAGAAAUACUCUCACUUAUGAGCUGAGAUUGUCAGUAAGCAUCUUUGAUUUUGACCUUUGGAACAGUUUUGGGUACCUUCCCAGCAUUCAAAAGGAAAACAUCAUUGCCUGAUUCAUCACAGUGAUCUGAAUAAAGAAAUAUUUAAAGCUCCUUUCAGAAAAGAUUAUCAUACCACUUUUAGGACUUAUUUUCUUAAACUACAUGAACCAAAAACUCAAGCCCUUGUGAUUUCAAUCACUCACCACUUUUUGUGAAGAAAGAGCUGACAUCAUAUUCAUCACAAGUACGAUGAGAUUGUUCCAAAGCAAUGCAAUCUUCUUCAACCUGUGAGUCUGCAUGGUUUGAAAAAUUUUGGUUAAAUAGUGACAUUUCCUUUCAAUUCAAUUGUAGUUAAUUCAUCAGAGGAAAUCCUUAAAUUAAUUAUACAUUAAUUAUCUCAACCCAGACAAUCACACAACUUUUCACACACCUUGCAGUUGAAAUCUCAUGCAAUACAAAAUGGUUAACAAAGUCAUAAAAAAAACCUUUCACCUUUAGGUAUUUUAUCGAUCAUUCAUAGGAAAAUACUCAUCAGAUACAAGAGCUUACUGUCAGUAAAAACCCUGAGCAUGAUAGAAUGUUAUUGCCUUAAAUUUUUCACCACAAAGAUAGUUACAUUACAAUUCACCUUUCUUAAUGUCCUCCGUUGUUGGCCUAACCGCUGAAGACUUUCAUGGCCAUUUGAACCAGCAGGAUUUCUAAUCAAGAAUAAAAUCAUUCAAUCAUUAAUCAAUGAUCAGCCCAUGUUGAUUGAACUUCUUAACCACUGUCUUGAUUUUUAAACAGGUUAACUGUCUACAUUAUUUAUUCUAUAGUAUACAUGUUCCUUCUCAUAAGCCAGGGUGACUGUUGAUGCGCCCACUGAUAAUUUAGGUUAUCCCAAGGAAAAUCAACAGCCACCACUUGCCAAAGGACACUCCUACAUCAUAUUUUGGCAAAUGAAGGUGAAAAUAAAAUCAAUAAAAUUUAAUGAAUGAAUAUACAAAAUUAAAUAAAUCAAAGGUUCUUUUAUACCAAAUGCAAGUUCCAUUGAACUUUCUACUUCCAAUCCUCUUUCCACUGGGCUCAGGUGAUGAUGGGGACUGGGGAGGUUGAUCAACAGGGGGAUCAGAGCUUUCCUGAACAAGCACUAUGAAGAGGUCAAAUGGUUGACAAUUUGAUUGUUUAUUUUUAUGUUUAGUAGAUAUGUAAACAUUCACAGAAAAUUCCUUGAUUACUCCCCAUGAUAAAACAUCAACUAUAUUUCACUCAUGGCAAGGUUUAUACUGAGUCUACAAAUGCAUAAUAAUUGCAGAUGACUCCUUCUUCAGCUUAACCCUAUUUAACAUGUUACUUCUUCCUGUAAUAUUCACACAUUAUCCAGCAAAUAGGUAGUGAGAAUUUUCAAACUUAUCUGGUAGACCUUUUAACCUUGAUUUAAUCAAAUACUUAUAACUAAUUUACAAGGAAAUGUGUAGCAGCUAGUGGGGAGAAUUAACAUUCAGAUAUUUAAGUUAAAGAGUUAAAACAUUGGCAAAUUUUACAAAAGUUAACUACCCUAAGUAAUGACAGAUUGAGAGAAUAUUCCAACUGGAAUAUACAAAAGGCUAACCGCAGCCCUUCUUGGCUUAACUACUUGCAAUAGAACAUACUCAUUAAACAGCAGUAAUUACCUUCUUGACUCGGGGCAUCAAUUGCUGAGGAGGCCUCAUAUUUCUUAGCUGGAAUUGGAGUCCCUCCUCCAGGCUCAAAGACGGCAUUAAGACAAAAAGUUAACUAUCCUAAGUAAGUACAGAUUGGGAUAAUAGUCCACCUGGGUUACAAAAGGCUAAUGAUAACCAUGGCUGAACUUAUUGCAAUAAAGCAUACUCAUGAAACAGCAGUAACUACCUUCUUGACUGGGGGCAUGGACUGGAGUUCCUCCCACAGGCUCACAGACUGCAGUAAGACUCUCACUUGGUGUCACCACUAUAGGAUGAUGUCAAGAUUCCAAACACAUGUAAAGAUGAUGCACUUCUAUUACCAAAAUCUCUCUCUGACUGUUUAGUGCUGCUUGAUACCCUUACAACAAUGUCCCGCAAGCUUGGUGUGGCAGCUUCUAUUAUUCUCUCAAUGUAAAGGUCAAGCUGCUGUUCAUUGAUUUUCAUUGGCUCCUAGAACUGGGAGUAGCAUUCUGAAAGUAAUAAAUCAUUAUAAUUAUUUCUUAGCUGAAAAACUGUGAAAGAGAAAAGUAUAAAUAAACUUCCCAUUUGCUGUUAUAAUAUUAAUGACAAUAAUUAAUUUAAAAAGGCAUUUAAAUGUUAUGAUUGAUUCUUUUGAUACAAAUUGUUCCUGAAGCACAGCAUGCACUACACUUAUUUAAAACCCCAUUUGAAGCCAGCCAGUGCAUACAUAAUUCUAUAUUUAAACUCAAGAACCUGGUACUUAAUAGGCUCCUAGCUUUAAGGCAGCUAAUGCAUCAAGUUUAAAAUGAAAAAAUAAAAUGUUUUUUUACAUAUUAAAAAGGAGACACUUAAGAAAAGUAAAGUAGAAACUAUUACCCUGGUCUUGAUUCCUUUAGAGGUUCAAGUAGUUCAUGUAUGAUAUACACACUAAAUCUUAAUUCUUUAGAGCUCUGUCACAAUAUACAGACUGGUAAACCAAAAGCUGGUAAAUCCUUGUAGGUUUAUGCAUAGUGGACUCAAAGAGAUUUGAUAAACAGGGUUUGAAAAUAAGGAGAAUCUAGUGCACUUUAGAUAAGGUUAGUUAGUUUCCAAUUGAGAAAUGUUGAAAAUAAGCUAAAAAAAAGUACGCCAUUGCAAUAUGUAAAAUAAUCCAACUGCGCUCUUUCUUAAAGAAGGUAGAUUAUUGCAUUUCUACGACAAUGAGACCCUCACCAUAUAAAUUGAGUGUCAAGCAAUCGACAAAGAAACGGCCGCCAUACCAAAGUGAGCGUUUGAAGAAAACGAACGAGCAGCUGAAGAUUGCUUUCCUCUCUAUCGAUCAGUUAGAGUUCUCCUUCACGUUUUGGGACAGAGAUACUCUGUCUAAUACUCUCCAAUACCCUCCUUUCAUAACGUCUGCCAGACGAUCGAUUGUGACUCGUUGGAAAAGUUCGCCAUGUUUUAGCCUUAAAUUUAUUCCCUGCCCCUCCCCCGUAAAGACAGUGUUUUGACUCGUAACCAGGGUCCACGCCGUGCCCUGACACUUUUCUUUAGAAGCUUCCUUUUAAGCAAAGGGUGGCGAUCAUCCCCAAAAAUUGAAAAAGUUAUUUCAAACAAAAAGAAUGACGAAUGAGAUUAGCAAUUCAGUAUAAACGAAACCUCGCUAGUAAAUAAGUCUUUCUCCAACCUGUAAGCGCGCGCAAAAAUACCGUACUAUUGCACGAAUAGGAAAAAACCCUUCUUUCUCAGAAAUUCCAUCUUGUAAUGUUUUCCAUAGUACUAUGUUGGCUUGAAAAUAUUCCGUUUUGUGCCUACCCCCUGUCUGUACUUACCUGGUAUCCUUUCCACCUGCUACAGUCUGAGAUUUUUGAUAACUCUGCUCAUGAAUGAAGCGCGCGCAUUUAUUCUCAUUUCACGCGUAAAAAGAUCCACUUGCCGCGACAAAAUCUUUCCGAAUUCUCAUUUUUCUUAACCACACAACACGCUGAAAGAUCGAAACCGGGUCAUAUUUGUUCUUAUCAUGCGCCAAUUUGGACUACCAACAAGUCCAACCGGAGCGGUGCUAUUCCGUCGAUCUCUAAGACUGUUGUUGUUGUUGUUGUUGUUGUUGUUGUUGUUGUUGUCAUGGUUGUGUUGUUGCUUUAUUCGUAAAAAAGACGAAUUUUGAUUACCUAAGACCUGCGCAUCUUGAUGUAGCAGACUUUUAUGUUUAUUAGUUGGCGGUAGCUGUCAAUAAGUAAGAAUAGGAUUUCCUUGCGCUUGCUUUGGUACCCGCUCUUUGGAGUUGUUUUAGUCCCCAACUCCGUUUUUUUUUUCCAUGCUCCGCGUUCAUUUCAAACGGUGUCACUUUUCACUUGAGUUUAGGGGAUAUGAGUCCAAUCGAAAAACAGAAGUGAAAACAUUUGCGUGAUGCAAAAGUAACAUUACAAACACCGUGCAAAAUGUUGAUUGCAUAUAUUAUAUAUUAUUAUAUAUUAUUUCUGCUUUAAUAUUACUUUUAACUAACCCUUUCCCAUUAUUCAGUUAUUUAUUAUUGGCGUCAAAUUUCCUUGCCUUUACAUCUGGUCCUUCACCUCCUACGCUUUGUCUCUUCGCUUUCUCCUCCAACACAUAUGAAUUCUUCUUUUUCUUCUCAUUUAAAUACAACUCAACUUUAUGUAUGCAGGAGCCCAAAGACCUGCCACACGACAAAUUCCGAAUUUGUUUGACGAAAUAUGGCUAGGAGCUCAUUUUAACCACCCCAAGAACAAAAAUAUUAACAAUGAAUAGUACUCACGUUGAGAGAAUUCAUCUCUUUGAUUGCUUCCAUCACUUUCUUGAAUUUUCCUCCGAAUGACUUAUGAAGCGCCUAACUCCAACCAACGGAAAGUUAUAACGAUGGGUUGUAAUUUUCGCGCGCUAUGAUGACGUAACAGACGAGAUAAUAAACCAAUCAACAGAUUAGCAAGUAAACGUAACUUCUGCCUCGUUUUCAGGCGCCUUUGUACUGGUUUAGGAAAGGGCGGGAAACUGACCGAGUGCGCAGACUGCUGUAUAGGAGGAUAUUGAUAGAUUUUAAUAAACGUUCGCGCAUUGACUGUCUAAGGCUCUAAUUUACUCAAAGCGAUUGCAAAAGCAAUGGACAAGUCCAAGAAACGAGACUGAGAAAGAUCGGGAGCUUAUCAGGAAAAAUAAAGAGGUGCGUCGUUCCGCAGGUAAACCAGUGUAGGGCUGUCGGUUGCUUUGGCCACCACGAUGCGCUGACCACUGACCGCGAAAAUUUAGCACAGACUUCUCGCAAAUAAAGGAUUCUGGAUAGAAGAAUGAGAAAGAUCGGGAGCUUUUCAGGAAAUGACGAAAAGAGCGCGUCCUCCCGCAAGAAAACCAAGUCUACAAGCAAGCUGUUUUGUCGUUAAUGCUUAGUUUGCUUGCGAACAUGUGAAAAUGAGAGAAACAUAUGAGUGCUAAGUUCUGCUUCGUACGAAGCAAGAAACCACUUGGCUAUAAAUUAACAAACAUUCCUUGCCAAAAGUAAGAUUCGCUCAUCCGACCUGUAAAUGAUACAGAAGAGAUGAUAUUAAACCUUUACCACAAGCAGUGACCAUUAAGUAGUUUUUUUUGCCACAAGUUCAUUACACAGUUUGACGGACAGGCAAUGAGAAGACAAAAAAGUGACUAAACUGGAUUGAAACUUUGAUAUCACAACAAAUUUUCGAUAUCAAAAAAAGCAUGGAAAUAUAUAUAGGGCACCAGUUAUGAACAUCCAUUUUCGGAUGCUGGGAGUGAGUAUGUAGCUUCCAAAAACUGGAGAGGUUUCUAGAAAUUAUUUCACUUUGGAUAUCAUGGUUCAUUUUACCUGAUCCGUAAAACAUUCUACGAGGUGGCUCUUCUUGUCCAUUGACACAAAUUGUCAAUAAACAAUGCAGGUAAAAGUUUAAAAAUCUCAAUUGGCCGGAGGCAAACCAAUCGGCUAUAGACAAAGUGCAGCCAAGGGGUUGAGCUCGAGCAAUCGAGAACAAAUCCAGUAAGUUGCAGGGUAAAGGACUUUAACCUGAAACCUAGUGCCUUAAUCACUCGGGCACACAAGAUCAACGCUGUUAUUUCUGUGAGUCGUGACGUUUGUUUUCCUAAACCAAUUCACACGCAACACACGCCCUCUAGUAUCAGGCUUCGGGAGUUUUGUGUUUCAUUUCACGUCAUUUUUCACCUCAAGUGAACGCCAGAUAUUUUGUAUUGUACUGUUUUGUUUUUCUUCCCACCUACCCCUCCACCCUCGGUGAUUUUACGUGAUGUCAUAGGGUGGCAGAGAGGUUUACUCAGCACAUCAUUGGCUGUUGUUUACUUUUCUUUCGUAUUCUUAAUAAAUUUCUCUCUGUGCCGAAAAGCGAAUUGUGUUUUAUUUGUGUCAGGGAGCGUAGUUGGAGAAUAAGUUUCUUUUGGGAAAGGCUUUUCAAUGACGAUAGGAACAUCCUUUGCAACCGCAUUACUUUGGAAGGAAAGAAAAAUCACAGGGUGCCCACUCUCGUCCUUGGAGCUACUCGUUUUCUCUCAUUUCGAACAUGAGGAAUGCUUAUGGAUUGUGUUUCUAAGACUUACCUCAUAAGUUAAGCGUUUAGGGUAACAAGGAAACAUGUAAAAAUACUGAGAAAAAAAUGUCAAAAUAAUAAAAGUAAUUACAUAAAGUAUAGCUAAUCAGAUCGUAUGAAAGUGAGAGAAUAAUGUCAUGUGAAGCCCUCGAGAAGUAUUUUAGUAAUGUUAAGGUAUUUGUAUACGAAGUAUGCUGAUUUUUUGGGAGAUUUCUACUCCAAGCGCAGUCUAUUAAGUAUAUUUUGGUUGCUUUUGGCCUCGCACCAGCGGCAGGCAUUGUAAUCAACAAAGUAUGAAUAAAUGGGUUUAGUUUUUAAGGAAAUUAUGGUGCUGCGUCGUGUGGGGUACAACGAGAUAAUUUGAUUUUAUAAUCUUACUGCACAAGGUAGAGUUCAAAUAACGCGAAUAUAUGUAUAUACCACGUGUGUACAGUUGAUAAUUUGGAAUGCAAAAAAACCUGUUUAACCGGCCGGCUGCGCACGCUGCGCUUCUCUAUCCACUUUGCUUUUCCCGCCUUAUGAGAAAUGAGCAGAAAGUCUUGGAGGAAAAAAAAAGCAAUCGGAUCAUAAAUAACCUUGUAGACUAUUCAUUGGUGUGCAGUAUUGCCUAGUAUUUUCAUUCCUUGCUUGAAUUUGACGAGCCUUUGGGGGAAGUCAAAAUACGGCACAGCUCAUAAAAAUACUCAAGUAUGUCUCGCCAGAUAAAGAAAAUCCGAAAAAAUCCGAAAAAAUCACCAUAAAUCUUAUUUCGCAAGAUGAUCAUCUCACAGCUGGAGCUUGGGCUGCCUGUGGUGUGAGUUCAGAUAAAUUAAGUUUUGUUUUUCUCUCAAGGUGAAGUAACGCGAUAUUUUUUUGUCCGUUUGAAAGUCAUGCUCUUUUUCUGUUAUAAAAAUGAAAACAUUUGGUACACAAAGUGUCCCAUCUCGACCCACCCAUGCUACGCAUACCUAUGUUCUUAUAAAUGAUGUCAUGGAUCAGGGGGCUGUGAACAAAGAAUGACAUUAACCAGAAAUCUUGGGCUCAUUUGAUAAGUGUAGUGGUUUGUGGCCUUCACGAGAGCCUCGUUGAUUAAGGUCGAGAUUUAUCGGAACAUGAAAGUUUCGCAUUUCGUUUUUUGUAUUAUUUUUAAGUCAAACGUGUUUUUACAGCUCCUUUACGCGCAACGAACACGCCUAACAACUCACGUUCCAUCGCGUACCAUAAAAACAACGUCCAAAGUCCAUUAGAACUUACCCAAUCAUUGCACUACGUGAACAUUAGGCAAUUUUUCACGUGCUUAAAUUGUAUUCCAUCAACCAAAUUCGCAUCUACGCGCGCCUGUGUAUUAUCACUAUUUAUGACUCAUUUCCUCGGGAAAGUUCACAAUGUGUAGUUAACUUUUGGUUUUCCAGAGAAUGUCACGCAAUGGUAAAAACAUCAUUAUGGUCGUGAAACAAAAAGUGAGUCAUUUGCAUCCUGUCGCGGUCAAGUGAAAAUCUUUGGUGGAAGCGAGAAAUUUUUAACGCUCGCCAUCCCAGCUCGAAGCGUUGUUUCUAAGUUAUCGCGAGCUAAAUUUCAGAGGAAUAAAAUCAAAUACUCCUACGUCGUGAGACCACCAGGAAAAGAGUACCCUCUCGACACCGUUCGUGUUAUAAGUCACCUUCUGAAGAACUCAUCAAAAUAUCUUCGGUCUUGGAAAAUUUUACAAAUUUAACAGGUUCUUAAGGACGAAUUCAACGCUCCGUCGUUGACGAAACGUAGUUUUAAGGUAAGCUCUGAAAUAAUUACUUAAACAAAGUGGUUUGUCUCACCCACUCGCAGUGUUCCAUCAGUAACAUUACCAGUUUGUAUUAACAAAGAAAAACUUUUUACAUUCUAAAAUAUAGACAAUCCGGUAUGAGGCGUGGGGUCUUGGUUUCAUAUAGGUCUUUCAGCAAAGUGAGCCGGCAACAAUACACUAGGCCAUAUGAUCACAGACAAGAGCAAGUUAUGAAAAUGGUAUCGAUCUAAAGUGCUGCGUCCCUGCUUACCUUAUUUUUUCAGAAGAAUAUUUAGUGAGAACCGAGAAAACUGAGUGUUACGAGAUAAUCUGAAGCAUUUUUCCUUUUAUUUUGAUUAUAAACUACCGUCUACGUGUUACAUCCUGUUCUCAUUAUAGAAAUUGAAAGAGGAAGCAGUUGUCAUACACAUGUUUUCGAGGGGAGAUGUAAAACGCUCCUUGCUUAUUAAAUGAUACAAAACUUGGCAGGUAUUUUCAGUCAGAGAAAAAUUUAAGGCGACAAAUCAAAAUACGAAUUCUUUAAUACAUCAUUUGACUUCUUUUGAAAAAAUGUAGGUUAUAUUAAGAACACAGCGUAACGGAAUAUUUAUCAGCACAUCUGUAGAAAAUGAAAAUAAGCUGAAAUCCAGCUCGCACAUAGAUUUUGGAAUAAAUGAUCGUCUUCUUUACUCUUUUUUUUUUCCUACAUAAAUUAACGAAUGAACCACAUGCUCCUCGUUCUUGUUCGUCAUAACUCGAGUCGGAAAUUUAACGAAAGUUUGAAAUGAGACUGCCUAAUUGCAUUUGCUUGUUCCACAUAAAAUCAUGAGUGCUACCCGUUGGUGAUUUUCAUCGAACGCAUUCUGGGCGGCGAAUAUUUAUCUAUUAGUUUAGUUUGAAAUGACAGAAGGAAAUAGUCCAAUAUGAAAGAAAGAAAACAUUAUCAUUAAUCCGAGUCAUUUCGUUAGUGCCAUACCUCCUGACUGUGGUGUACUCAAAGUUCUACGGAGCAUGCCCGAAGGUGUGGUUGCAAAAACAACAUGGCACGAUCGGUAAGAAGUAAAGAUCGUGUAGAUUAUUAUUGCUUAUAAAAGCAAAAGGAAAUAUAAACCCGGAGUAAAAUCGUAUCAAGUGGAAAGACUUGUCAACAAGCGGAAAUGGUCGAACAAAGUUUCGCAUAUUAUCAUGAUAAUUUUGCAGAGUUGCAAACAGUGGACUGCUGAUUUUAUGACCAGCAUAUUUACGUGUACACUACAAUAAAUCACAUUUGAAUUACCUACCUUAAAAUGCCUGGCUAAAUUUCCAAAGUGGCUACCAAAACAACGAAAAAAAGUGCUGAUGCGGCGAGCGCUUUCUAUAUUUUUUGACUUGUUGUGAUACAUCCCUGGUGAAAAUCUUUGAAGGAUCUUUAACGAUCCUACAAGAUCGUUAUGAGAACCUUUAAAGAUCUUCAAAAUUCUUGUUAAGAUCUUCAGGGAUAUUUUAUUCUCUUGCCAGGAUCUUCAAGGAUCUUCAAAGUUCUUGUCAAGAUCUUCAAGGAUCUUUCAUUUUCUUGUCAAGAUCUUUAAGGAUCUUUCAUUUUCCUGUCAAGAUCCUCGAAGAUCUUGUCCGGAUCUCCAAAAAUCUUGACAAGAACUUCAAAGAUCCUUUAAAGAUCUUUGAAAAUUCUUUGAGGAUCUUCCAAAUUCUUGUUAAGAUCUUUGAAGAUCUCUCAUUUUCUUGCCAAGAUCUUCAAGGAUCUUUUACUUUCCUGCCAAGAUCCUGAACGAUCUUGGCAGGAAAAUUUUGAAGAUCCGUAAAGAUCUUGGAAAGGAAAUAAAAGACCCCUAAAAAUCUUGACAAGAGAAUGAAAGAUCCUUGAAGAAUUUGAACAUUUAUUUUUCAUCCCACUCAUUUCUUUAUAAUUGUUUCUUGGCCAAGGCCUGGAGAGGUCAAGUAUGAUCGAUAUUUCGGAUUUCUUGUAAUGGAAAACUACCUUGUCGUCUUAAAUAGAGUGAAUUAAUACUUAGAAACGAAAUUACCAUCAGAAAAGCAAGUAGAAGGAGGCAGUAGAGGAGGGGGUGUGCAGACUUUUGGGAUAUGUAUAUUUCUUUUUCUUUUGCUUCCUCAUUUAAAAAUCAAAUAAGAGAAUUUUACUUUAGUUUGGUAAAAGUUGUGGUAUGGUGGCCUUAUGAUUAGUGAGGUGGAGUCAGGGUCAAGAGAGCUGCAUUUGUAACCUGGCCAGGUCAUGUGUUUUGUUUUUGUGCAAAAUAAUUUACUCUUACAGUACCCCUCUCCACCCAGGAGUGGAGAGGGGUACUGCUCAGGGCCUGGAUGGGCCACUCUUAAAUACAGACUUUACCUAACUACCUACUACAGCCUCUGGUUUAAUAAUUUCAAUUGCUGCUGUUACAAAUUAUAUGAACUUGCAACAUACAGAUGAUUAUUUUUUCCCAAUUUAUCUCAGACAAUAAGGGCUGUCUUUUGUAAAUCUUGAAAUUUUCAAAAAUCCAGACAGAGGCGGAGUUUUCUAUACUAAUGUCUGAGCACUUUGUGAGCUUCCCGCCAUCUGGUGGGACGCGUAAUUAAGCACACAGUGGUAAAGGGCCCUUCCGCAGUAUUACUUGAAAUUCGCUCGGUAAUGUAAAAAAAACAACAACAACAACGCGAGUAAUACAUAUAUAUCCAAAUUCUUUCAUCACAGGAAAAGUUGUAGGACCUGAUAGCAUCUUAGGGACGGACCAUUAGAUUUUUGAUGCGGGAGGGGGGGGGGUAUUGGGGUGUUGGGCAAUAACCCCGAAAAAAUCGAGCACGGGCUUAAUGGAAGAAAACAAAUCGUGUAAUUGGCAAAAGACCCCCCCCCUCCACCCCGCAUCAAAAAUCUAAUCGUCCGUCAAUAAGGUACUUUUUACAUUAUUCCAAAAUGGGUUUCAUUCCGGAAUGAAAUGAAUUUCAUGCCACGUUGACAUACAAGAUAAUUUAGAUUAUAAAAACAGGUAGUAAAAACAAGUAUUUACGUCCCUUUUCUAUGCUUCCCUCGCUCCUACAGAGGAUUCAUACAGAUAUGAGUGUCGUACCGCGUUUACAUUAUACAGGUACAAAAGGUCGUCCAGAAUAAGUGUUUCUUUCUGGAAUGAAAACCUCAGUUAACUCAUUCAGAAAUGACUCGUUUCGAAUAAUUUUACUCUGGUAUCAUGUGGCAACCGAGAUAAACUCAUUCUUGAACAAAACUCAUUCCGAUAUUAUGUAAAAGGCCCCUAGGAGUUUUUAUUCCCAGAGCAUCAUGCUGUGCUUUCCUGCCAGAACACUAUAAAUUUCAAUAGCGUUGAAGCAACAACCCACUUUGAACUGUUACGCUGCCACUGAAACAACGAUUAGUGACCACAAAAGUAACAUAUUGUAAUAUUGUCAAUUCAACAUAAACAAAAAUCUUCCUACAGGGUAAAUAUUCAUUUGUGUUGGUAUCAAUUAUUGCGUGACUAGCUUCUGAUAUAGCUGGGAUAGGGGAAAACACAACGUAAAACCUGGGCUCCGGGCAAGAAGUAAUACUCAAGCAUAAUAUAAUGACCGAAACAGCUUAUUGGUCUUAUAAAAUCAUAAAUAAACUAGGUAAGAGUGUUAAGUUGGAUUUUUUUUCAAAUUGUAGCGAUUUAUGCCUCCAUAUGCCAAUAAAAGGUGGCGACAAAUAGACACACCAUGAAUAUUUCAUAGUCGCUAGCAAAAAAAUUUUGCCGGACUUUGAGUUCGUCUCACGAUAGAACAACACAAUUACACAAGAAAAUUUUUACAGUAACCUUAUAACCAUCCUUUUUUAUUUUAAAAGCUAGAAGCUCAGUAGAUUCUGUCGUAUUGGUCAUUGUUAAAACUGUCUUUGUUUUGAUGCUACUUUUCGACAUAGAAAAAGUAUGUCGGACAAAAAUAUUCACCAAAGAAUAAAUAUUUUUGUGCCAGCCUCAAUAAUGUCAGGGGCUUAAGUUAAGAUGAUAAAACAAAGGAUUAUGCCGACAGAAAUACCGGAGGUCGAGUAAAUUCGUUACAUGAGGUCACACAACUCGGGUAAUAUUCAGAGUGAAAAUUUGCAUAUUUGAGCGGUCGAACGAAAAAAAGUCAUUUCUCAAAAACUAAAAUAUAUUUUCACAAAAAACCUACACCACAAUUAUCGGGACAUAUUGGGCUACAAAAUAUGAAAGUAGGAGAGAAAACGAAUUUGGGCGACUUGCCGCUGUUUGUCUGAUGCAUGUUGACAUUAGCUCUUAACUGGCUUCUGGUUUUGUGUCUAUGUAUCCCUCCCAUUCUCAGAAGGGAAAUAAUAUUUAUUUUGCUACUGGGUAAUAUGUUGAACUGAUGUUUACAACCAUUUUCAAUCACCUUUUUUUCAGGCCAGGAUGACCUAAAAGAACAACUUUUUAAGAAGCAUCAGUCUUCUUACAGUUGCUAUGGCUACAGGAAGAAGUUCAAUUAAAGUUCCAUGUGAAAAUGAAGACUUACCUGACAAAGAAAAUGCACCAGAUUUUGACGAGGACACUUUACGAGGUGAGCUAGGUUCAACUUCGGCUUCAGUUAUUGUUAGAGCAAUUUCUAUUCGAUCAGUUUCAAGAAUGCAAGCAGAUGUGGAAAAGGAUACAUACACUGUAUGACCACUUUAAAGGAUAUUUGGCCAGUCAUGACUCUCUUCUAUGAUUACAAUAUGCUGUUCAUUGAGAAGAUCUAUGACACAGAAACUUUUGCUAUUUUCUUUUCUAACAGUUCAAAGCAAUAACACAAAGUUAUAAUAAGUUAAGACUUUAUUUGAUCAUCAUAUAACAUCCAUUGUAAGUUUGCAUCAUAGGUACCAUCAUCAUCAUCACCAUCAUCUUUCUAUUUUAAUGAAACAUAAUCACUUUGAAACCUUCAACAUUCCCUCCUUUCUCCUCUAGCAACCCACAGGCAUUUGAUCUUCAUCCAAGGCAAAGAGGGUGGGGGGGGGGAAGAUGGGGCUUAACCCUGCCUGACUGGCGUUAGGGAAUUUGAAUAAAAACUGUCACAUCUAUUUUCCAGUAGAGUACAAGGGUUAAUUAUCAUUGAAUAUGGAGGUGUUUAAGGUACAUAGUGUACUUUCACUAACAAAUGGCUCAGAAGAAAUAAGGCUUCAAGGUCUAGGUUUUAAAGCUUGGUCAAUUAGUUUUUAAAGCUUGAUCAAUUAGUUGAAAGUGAAAUUGCUAAUUAUUUCGCCUUUUACAUAAGAUUGUGUGGGACAAUUGAACAUUUUAUUAAUUUUUCCCAGGGAAUAGGAAUUUUAGGAAACCUAUCUCCAAAAUCUCUCAUCUCCAGGGGUUUGCCUCGAAUUAAGAGAUGCUUAUAAUUCUCAUCAUUAUUCUUACCCAUGUUGUCACCUACAUUGUUAGCAUCAUCAUAACUAUUGCAAAUCUGCAGAUUUGAAAUCUCCAGAUCUUGGCAGCUCUGACUAUACACGAAUAAUUAUUAACUACGACCACAGACUUCGACACCCAUUUUUUAAUUUUUUUCGAAUUAUUUUAUUUUUUCUUUGCAGCCACAGCUGAUGUUUAUAGGAAUGAGGGUAAUGAGGCCUUCAAUAAAGGAGAUUUCAUCAAUGCUAUUCAUUUUUACACCAAAGGAAUUAAAAUCAACUGCAAUGACAAAGAACUGAAGGCCAAACUGCACAACAACAGGGCAAUUGCACAUUCUAAACUUGGUAAGAUGAUGAGAGCUUUAAUAUGCAUUUUUUUUUCUAUUUUGAAGCUAUUGAGUUGUCAGUAGUAGUUUUCUGAAAAAUGUGAUAAUUUUGAAUGCAUGCCCGGAAAAUUUUACAUCUUAUCUUGGCCUCUCAAACAUACAAAGAAGUAACUUUUUACCCCAGAUAUCAAUGAGCAUCACAAGUUUUUCCCAAAAUUAUAGUAAUGGUAGUUGGUUUGCAACAUGUAUGGCUGAUCAGAGAUAUUUAUUUCAAUAACAGGAAAUCACCAGGAUUCACUAAGGGAUGCAGAAGCAGCCAUUGAGUUAAAUCCAACUUUCCUUAAGGCAAUUGUGAGAGGUUAGAUAUGGUAGCUGUACUAUAAUAAUAAUAAUAAUAAUAAUAAAAAAAUAACUCAACACUCUAAGGUUAAAUGAGGUUAAAUGGAUUUCAAUCUCGUCUCAAUUGACUUUAAUUAAGAGGUCGAGACCACCCUGAUGUACGUGUGAAUCUUGCUCUUGACUGCUACGCCAUUACUUCCAUUAAUCAUGAUGAGAAUAUUAUUUUGAACGGGAUGAAGAACUCAAUGCGGAAUGCAAAGCAAAAUUUCAGCAUGAAUAUUUUAGUUCCUUAAGUUCAGUGAGUCACAGGUGUCAGAUAUGUUAAGAGCGUGUCCACGAGAGCACCGGGCAGUAGUGCUACAUGCCAUCUCACCGAUUUCAAUGAAGCUUUGCCAGUUUAAAGGGUCUACCCCAAAACUCAAAAAGACAAACUGGUUUCUGUUUUGGUUUUUUUUCCGGGGGGAGAUAGACUACCCCCCCCCGGUUUUUCUUGGUUUUCACCAAGGAAAUCGCUUCAAAUAGGUAAAAUGUAUGAAGCUCUCACUGCGAUGGUAUUCAACUGAUUACUUUGAGGAUUUGCACACAUAUUUUUUACAUCCUUUGUUAAUGUCUGCUGCGAGUAUCAGUCAGUUUGAUUGAUGGCUUGUCAAUCAACAGAGGCAAAUAUACGACAGUGUUUUCAGACUUUUCGAUUUAUCCAAAUAUUUGACAACUUUGAGGUCAAAUAUCUCCCAUUGCCAGAAAGCUACAACACUAAUCUUAAUUACCCUUUAUAACCCAUCAUUUCAUCUGUGAAAAUCAUCAAAAAACUAUUUGGGUACUACCGUAUUUUUGUCUUAACUACACCUGUCACGCAAUUCUUGCUCUCGGCGGUCACUUGACAAAAUAAAGCUUCAUUUUUUAGCUCUUUAUACAAGAUGAUUGAUCAAGAAAGGUGAAAAAUGUGAAACACUUUCGAGAAAAACUUUCGAGAUACAUGUAGACGAAAAAUCAAUGGGAAAAUCGUAGCGUUUCUUUCUUCAGUCGUUUAUUACUUUGAAGUUUAUCAUCAUCACUGCUCAUUUUAGGAGAUUUUAAAGUCACAUGCUGCGUGUUGGCUGAUAUUACUACAUGUUCCAGUGUGCUACAACUUCGGCUUUCACAGACGAGAAAUAGAGAGCUCGAGAGCAAAUAUCAAUAGUUCUAUCGGACUAACAACUGUGCUUCUAUCCCGAAAAUAAAAUUCAAAUAAUGUUGACGUUGUCACUUACCGCCAUCGAACAUUUACAUGCAGAACUCCGCUAUGCUAACAUCUGUUGUGUGACCCGAAGACUCUCCGUAGGAAUUAUUUAAGCGCGUUGUUCAUGCUGUCUGCUGGUAACAAUUUAAGAAUAAUCUACAGAUCUCUAUGAUUAUUUACCUGCUUCAGUCGUAAAAUAUCUGCAUACUUUUUUCAAGCAUUCUAUUACUACAUAUAAAUCUACAUUUCUCUUGAUCGAGUGUUGCCGGCGUUUACUUGCGUGACUUAUAAAAUUUUUAAAUAAGAAUUAGCCAGCAGUAAUUUAACGAGUAGCCUUCCUGCAAAUUUCCCUUGAUGAAAUCCCAAGACAUAGCCAGUUGUUUUCGUGAGCAAAGACAAUAAAUAUGAAAGAAAAGUGAGAUGCAAAUGUCUUUUUUUUUUUUUUUAGCUUAAUAGUAGCUGUACCCUCUCCUGCAGUCUUCGUCUAAAUUUUGCAAGGUCCCUCCUUAUCUUCUGCCUUGUUCGAUCAAUUUCGAAUUCUGAAGCUAGAUCAUCGGCAUCGGCCUCUCCGUCCUCAUUCAUAUUUACAGAGGGGGACCUCAUCAAUAAACCUCUUUUUGUUACGGCAGAUAACCGGCUGAAGUAUCAAGCGAUUUGCUGCUGUAGCAACCGGUCAGUCCAAGACAACAUUUCUGGAUGGUGUCGUCUCUUAAACUCUCUCGAUAUUUGGGAAAUCACAUCAGAGGCGGUUGCCUUACUAGUUUCCUCCCUCGCCCAGCACACGUCUAGGAGAUAAUUCUCUGCUUUCUGAGAAAAGGUGGCUGUUUUUUGUGUUUUCCAAAGAGCCCAUCCAAAGUCCACUUGGCUAGUUAGGGAUUGUUCGACAGAAUUUUUACCUAAGGUCCGACCUUGAACGUAGCCAUCCCCAGAAAUCUGUGCACGUUGCUGAUAACUACCCGCUUCUACGAUUAGUUUGCUGAAGGUUUCUAAUGUGAUGAGCCUAGUGAGACAAUGAGGUGCUUCAGAAAAACCGUGCCAGUUGGUCUGCGCUAUAAACUUGUCAUAGUUCUUAAGUCAGAGGGAGGAUCGCCCACCUCUAUCUAUGUGAGCGCCUCUACAGUACCUGUGUAUCCCUAGCAAUCAUAUGAUAUAAAGUUCAUCUCAGUCACAAAUCACCAGUUAGGAAAACUGAUGUUCAGAUAAGCGUUCUUCUUGCCCUUCUUCCUUAUUCAUUGCCGACUCUAAGAUAGCAGCUACAGUACGCAUUCUAUUUAGGUUUACAGUCACCUUGCCGCCACCAGGAAGACUCGCCACCAGCUUUGAUUUCUUCUGCCAUCUGCAGAUUCAUCUCUCUCUCACGUUAUGUCUCCGAAUUUUAUGAGGAGGAUACUGGCAUUUACGAACCCGAAAGUCUGAAUCUCACACCAAGUUGUGCACGAUAUUUGAGGUACAUCGUGAAAUCGCGGCCUUUGUAAUCUCCAAAUAAGCCAAUACGCGCAAGAAUAAGCUCCAUCUCAGACGAAACGCAUGUUUGGGAUACAUCGACGUCUCUCAAAUGUUUUUUUUUAAGCUGUAUACCCACGAAUUUAGAGGUAUGAGCUGUUGCCGUCCCUGGCCAGCGCGAGAAAAAUAACAUUUGGUUCUACAGUUAGUUGCAAAUGAACAAGACAACUGCACCAUCUUGACUUUAUCAAUUCGAGUGUUAGAUUGAAUUGAGGACCUUUUAGACACUCGAUUUUUUAUAUGGCAUCACUAUGAAGACGUAAUACAACUGAUACACCUACAGUACAUAGGAUUAACAAUGUCUGUUGCGCUGUUGCGAGAAGGAGGAAAAUAUUACCGGAAGUGUAAACUCUUUUUAAAAAGAGUUUCAGAGACGUUUCAGAGAUGUCUAUCUUUGAUCGGCUGUCACAAAAAAAGUCCCCCACUUAAAUUUACUAGGAAAAAUGAACUUACCAACUCCUUGUUGAAAAAAUUGGAAUUCAUUUGACCGAUGCGCCGGUUGUUUCAAUUUUUCUUUUUCCUCGGGCUGCUAUAAAACAGUUCAUAAAUUGACUAAUAAAUAAAAUGUUUUGAAAUACCGUUCGGAAUUUGCCUUUUUUUUCUGCGUGCAAAUCAAGGGUAGACAAAGUUUUUAAAACAUUUGACUAGAAUUUCAUGGAGUUCACCUCGAUAAUUUUCGUCGGCCAGAGUCAAGACGCGCCAAGGUAAGGGACAUCGCCCUCCAGUAAAAUAAUUUUCCAAAGAAUAAACGUGGCAAGCGUGAGGAAACGCACAUUUUUUUUAUCAUUGUGAUCAAAGCCCAAUGAUGUACCUAAAUUGGUACUUACGGUAUCAAACCAUCGAUAUGACAGGGUGAGCUUAAUUUUUCUGUCGAGGUCGACGUGACUUCACAUUAAAAGCCUUUUUGACGGAACAAACUAGUGAGCAUCACUGCACGAACUGAGAAAGUAAAAACUUCUAUUUAUCUCUCACGCGUUUCGUCUGACAAUAGUAGACUUCAUCAAGGAUUUUUUCAAGUAGGGUAAAUAAGCUUGCUCAUAUACAAAUAUUAAAUAAGUUGUCUCUUUGCUAUUGAAGCCAAUGGAUAGAAUUCGCCAGGUGCGCCUACGGUGUUAUACAUGCGUGACAUUUUCCGGACGUUACAUGUACGAGUACGUGAUCCGUUUGAGGGUCACAGAUUUAGGGUAAAUAUUUCACCCCUCAAAAUCACGCAAUGUCUCUAGUUUAUAGAGGUCUUAGAACGUUUCAUUAUAUGGAGUUGCCUUCUGCGGGUAGAAGGCUACAAGCGAAUUUCUCAGGCGUAAUUACCUUUGAUUUCUUAAUUGAUGUUGUCGCAAACCUUGUUUUUGGGAGUCACGAGACAAAAAAAACUUAUAAGGACCUAGUUUCCUGUUCUAAUGGAAAUAAAUAGCAAAUAAAAACACAUUUUCUUGAGAAAUAAAGUCACAAAUGACGGGGGUUCUCUGAAACAGAUAGUGAUAGAAAAGGAUUUCAGUUCUGGUCAAUAUUGACUUUUCACGGCCUACUUCCAAAUCUGAGGGAACGCACUGAGGGAAUGAAAAAACAUAAAUGUGUGAUAAUGCAAGCAAGAGAAUGAAAAUCCAAAUGAAGAAAAAGGAGAAAACAUAGGAACCCGUGUUGCAGCGUGCAGAUAUCUUUCGAGCCAGACCUACACACCUAAGCCCGACACCACCCAGAGAAACUCGAAAGAGUCCUGUAUAUGAACUAGCUCGCACGUGCACGCAGGAAAGGCCAUGACAAUCAGCGAAAAUAAUAGCAAAUGCAGAUGAUAUUUGCAGUCAAAAAACAGAAAGUAAGAUAACAGAAGGAUUAGGAACUUUGUAGAAGUGUCCUCUUGAAAAAAAAGAAGAACAAUUUUUUUACUUCUCAUGAAAGGUCACGCACUAACCCUACAAAUACUAUUCCUAUACGUGGAAUUUCUUGACGGUGGAAAGUGGAAAAAACAUUUUCCAGUCUUAUUUUCUGGAAACAUGGCGUAGUUAAUGAAUUUAUGGGGCUAUUGAUAUUUCCUAACAAAUAAGGGGGGCAGAGUUUCCCAUCAUGCGCGGUAAGGAAAAGCCGAACUUGUUACACUCGGGAACUUGUACGUCAACAAGCAGGCGACAUGUGACUUUAAAAUCUCCUCUCCUGUUACAGUUUCCUUAUUGUAAACUGUGCGAUAAUGAUAAUAGACGAUCAAAGUAUAGGCUAAUGAAUGUUUUGUUCUGUACAAGAGCCCUAUGUCCUGAUUUUAGCAGAUCUUCAAAGUAAUAAACGACUGAAGAAAGAAACGCAACGAUUUUCCCAUUGAUUUUUCGUCAACAUGCAUCCCUCUAAACGUGAAAUUUUCCAUUCCUACAAAAAAUCUCGAAAGUUUUUCACAUUUUUCACCUUUCUUGAUCAAUCAUCUUGUAUAAAGAGCUAAAAAAAUGUAGGUUUAUUUUGUCAAGUGACCGCCUAGAGUAAGAAUUGCGUAACAGGUGUAGUUGAGAGAAACUUGUCACAGUCGCAAAUUUUAAAAGGCAUCCAAGACAAAAAUACGGUAGUACCCAAAUAUUUUUUUGAUGAUUUUCAGAGAUGAAAUGAUGGGUUACAAAGGGUAAUUAAGAUUAGUGUUGUAGCUUUCUGGCAACGGGAGAUAUUUGACCUCAAAGUUGUAAAAUAUUUGGAUGAAUCGAAAAGUCUAAAAACACAGUCGUAUAUUUGCCUCUGUUGAUUGACAAGCCGUCAAUCAAACUGACUGAUGCUCGCGGCGGCCAUUAAUUAAGGAUGUAAAAAUAUGUAUGCAAAUCCUCAAAGUAAUCAGUUAAAUAUCAUCGCAGUGAGAGCUUCAUAUAUUUUACCUAUUUGAAGCGAUUUCAUUAGUGAAAACCAAGAAAAACCGGGGGGUGGUCUAUCUCCCCACGGAGAAAACCAAAACAGAAACCAGUCUGUUUUUUUUUAGUUUUGGGGUAGAGCCUUUAAACUGACAAAGUUUCAUUGAAAUCGGUGAGAUGGCAUGUAGCACGACCGCCCGAUGCUCUCGCGGACACGCUCUUAAGUCACUAUCUAGCUGUUUUAGAAAGAAGGAUCAGGACUUACCUAACUCUUAGUGUUUUUGUGGGAGUUGUUGAUCCCAAUUUAAGUGUUCUUAGAAGUUUCAGUUGUCUGUAAAGCUAAAUAAAUCUAACUGAAACCUAGGGCCUGUUUAUUCUUUUCCGUUUAGUUUCUUUGUUUUGUUUUGUCUUUUUUUUUUUCUUCUGGUCUGUAAUGAUCUCAAUGGUUUCAGGUUCUUUUCUCAGAAUUGAGCUACAGUAAUAGUAUGCUUCUUUGUGUUGUUGCCUACAGGAGCCGCUGCUUGCGUUGAAUUGAAGAGAUUUGAAGAAGCAAUCAGUUGGUGUGAUAAGGGACUAGUUGUAUCCUUUGAAGGAAUCGUUCAUUUUUAACUGUGGGUAUAAAAAAAAGUUUCCACAAUUUGAUGUUUCAAGGGAGAAAAUACAAAGAAGGGUAUUUAUUAUGAUGGGAACUUGUCAGGUCAUAUACUUUAAGUGUGUGUGAUUAAAAAUGUUAAAAUGGACUAUUACAUAUCAAUAUGAUCAGAAACAUAUUCUUUUUUGUGUUUUACACAUUUUUUACCCUUAACAUAAAAAAGAUUGACAAAAACAAUAGGAUCUUGUUGUCAUUAAGACUUCAGUCUGUCAGUGAAGUGGGAGAAAAGUCCAUGGAGGAAAAAGAUCCUAUUAGUUAUAACCAUGGUAGUGCAAGUUCAGGUGAUGUCAAAAAAGUCAUAGAUCUCUAUAAUCGGGGAGAAGAAGCCAUAGAGUACCUCAAGCUAUAUCUUAAAAAAGCUAAAGAAGUAGGAGACAAGCAUGGGGAGGGUAACGCUUAUGGCAAUCUUGGCAAUGCUUAUCACCGUCUGGGUGAUUUCAAAAAAGCCAUAGAGUACCACAACCUACAUCUUAAAAUAGCUAAAGAAGUAGGAGACAAGCAUGGGGAGGGUGGUGCUUAUGGCAAUCUUGGCAAUGCUUAUUUUAGUCUGGGUGAUUUCAAAAAAGCCAUAGAGUACCACAACCUACAUCUUAAAAUAGCUAAAGAAGUAGGAGACAAGCAUGGGGAGGGUAACGCUUAUGGCAAUCUUGGCAAUGCUUAUGACAGUCUGGGUGAUUUCAAAAAAGCCAUAGAGUACCACAACGUACCUCUUAAAAUAGCUAAAGAAGUAGGAGACAAGCAUGGGGAGGGUAACGCUUAUGGCAAUCUUGGCAAUGCUUAUUACAAUCUGGGUGAUUUCAAAAAAGCCAUAGAGUACCACAACCUACAUCUUAAAAUAGCUAAAGAAGUAGGAGACAAGCAUGGGGAGGGUAACGCUUAUGGCAAUCUUGGCAAUGUUUAUGACAGUCUGGGUGAUUUCAAAAAAGCCAUAGAGUACCACAACCUACAUCUUAAAAUAGCUAAAGAAGUAGGAGACAAGCAUGGGGAGGGUGUUGCUUAUGGCAAUCUUGGCAAUGCUUAUCACCGUCUGGGUGAUUUCAAAAAAGCCAUAGAGUACCACAACCUACAUCUUCAAAUAGCUAAAGAAGUAGGAGACAAGCAUGGAGAGGGUAACGCUUAUGGCAAUCUUGGCAAUGAUUAUGACAGUCUGGGUGAUUUCAAAAAAGCCAUAGAGUACCACAACCUACAUCUUAAAAUAGCUAAAGAAGUAGGAGACAAGCAUGGGGAGGGUGGUGCUUAUGGCAAUCUUGGCAAUGCUUAUCACCGUCUGGGUGAUUUCAAAAAAGCCAUAGAGUACUACAACCUACAUCUUAAAAUAGCUAAAGAAGUAGGAGACAAGCAUGGGGAGGGUGUUGCUUAUGGCAAUCUUGGCAAUGCUUAUUUUAGUCUGGGUGAUUUCAAAAAAGCCAUAGAGUACCAGAACCUAAAUCUUAAAAUAGCUAAAGAAGUAGGAGACAAAUCCUUUGAGGCAAUGGCCUACUGUUCAUUAGGAUGCGUUUUCGAGUUGCAAGGUGGACUGCCAAAAGCCGUUGAACAUUACCAAGCUAGCAUAAACGUAUUCAAUUCUUUGAGAGCACUUCUAAAAUCUAAAGAUGAGUGGAAAGUUAAUUUUAGAAAUCAGUAUCAAAUGGCGUAUACGGGUUUGUGGAGAGUUCUCGUAGAACAAGGUAAUGUAGAUGAAGCCUUAUUUGUUGCUGAGAGAGGGCGAGCUCAAGCUCUGACCGACCUCAUGGAAUCCAGUUUUUGUGGUGGAACAAGUCACCACAAGGGAGAAGAUGAAGAUUUCACAGUUUUAAAAAACGUUCCAUCAAACACUGUCUUUCAGGCAGUGGACAAAGCUGACGUCAAUCUUUGGGUUGUGUCCGAAGGAAAACAAGUUCAGUUAAGACAAAGUAAACUCAAAGGUUUUGUUUCAGAGAAUAGUGGAGUUAGCCAGUCCUUUGAGUCGUUCAUGCUCGGUGUCUAUACACAACUUGGUGUUCGUUCUAAUGUGAGAUGCGAGAAUCGAUCUUUGGAUGCUCUGAGGGGGAGCCGUUCAAAAGUGGACGAGGAAACUAAAGAAGACAGCCCUCGACCUCCCAUCCAACAAAAAGAAUGCUUGAGCACUUUGUAUGAUACCGUCAUGAAGCCAGUGGCUGACCUGGUUCAAGGGGAUGAGCUAGUCAUUAUUCCCGAUGGAUCCCUGUGGCUUGCUCCUUACGCUGCAUUGAAGAAUGGUAAUUCUAAUUACCUGUGUGAAUCGUUCACAAUCCGACUCGCUCCAUCGUUGACAAGUCUUAGACUCAUCGCCGAUUGCCCAGAUGAUUAUCACAAAAGCAGUGGCGCGUUGCUCGUAGGAGAUCCGUGGGUAGCCGAGGUUACUAACAGCGAGGGAAAGAAAGUCCUCCAGCAGCUUAAGUAUGCUAAAGAAGAAGUAGAAAUGAUCGGAAAAAUUCUGAAUAUCACGCCAAUCACUGGCAGUCAGGCCACGAAACGUGAGGUGUUGAAAAGACUCAGUUCCGUUUCCUUAGUUCACUUUGCGGCACACGGAUGUAUGGAAACUGGCGAAAUUGCUCUUACACCUGACCCAGACCGAAUAUCUACUGUGCCAACGGAGGAGGAUUACAUUUUAACAACUGGAGAUGUGCUGAAUGCUCAACUUCGGGCCAAACUUGUUGUGCUUAGUUGCUGCCACGGCGGCCAGGGCGAAAUCAAAGCUGAAGGUGUGGUUGGCAUUGCGCGCGCUUUUAUGGGGGCUGGUGCUCGGUCUGUUGUGGUGUCCCUGUGGGCGAUUGAAGACGAGGCUACUCUUGAGUUCAUGAAAUACUUUUAUCAACAACUUGCAGGAGGUAAACGAGCAAGCGAGUCACUGAACCUGGCCAUGAAAAGCCUCAGAGAAUCAGACAAGUUCUGCGACAUCAAACACUGGGCGCCCUUUUUGCUGAUUGGAGAUGACGUCACUCUUGACUUCAUGGCAAAGGAAGAGAAAAUUUAA